AUGAGUCCCAUUGGCUUCUCCUUCCUCUUCCUUCUUUCUAUAGGACUUCUCUCUAUUGCUUCAGGACAAGAAAGAGCCCCUCAUGGGCUUGUUUAUGAGAAUCCUGUAGCUUUUCCACCAUCAGCAUAUGACUUCUUUCAUCCCAAUGCACGAAAGCCUGAGACCAAAGACCCAUGUAUUGCAUCCAAGUGUUCACCACUGCCUCUAGCGGCUCAAGUAGAAGCCACUCAAAUAUAUGAAAACAAAGCAUCGGCAUCACAAAAUGGUUGGAAACAUAAGAGAGUUGGUGGUGUAGCUGCUGGCAUUAUCUUUGCCAUUGCUUUUAAUGUGCUUUUAGCUAACUGA